GCUUCGAUUCGUUGGAUGUGUGACACUGUGAUGAAGCUAAGUGCGUAUCUCGACAGUAAUGCUCCCCAUUUUCCCAUCCUGAGUCGCAUCACACUUGAUUAUUUACCUGUGCAAGGUUCCUUGGUGCCAUGUGAACGAGCAUUUUUGGACACAGGACUUACAGAUAUGAAAUGGUGUGCAAGAUUGCUUCCCGAGAACUUUGGCGACAUUUAGAUGGUGAAAGGCAAAUACAAGUGGGAACGAAGGCACAGAGACACAGAGAAAGCUGACAGGGAGGCUGUGGAGAGGAGACAAUGGGCAGAAGACUCUGUUUGUGAGGUGCAAAAACAAAAAGACGGUCGUUCAGCGCUGCGGGAGCUCGAGUAGUAAAAUUUUC